UCCGAUUUUUCUCUUCGGCCUGACCGCCUGAGGUAACACCGCAACCGUAAACACGGACCAUUACUUCGUCGGAGAAAAGAAAAAAGAGAGAAAAAUUCCACCGAUUCGGAGGAAGUCGAAGCGGAGGGGCAAUGUCGGCGGCGGCGGGGAGGAAUGCUCUCCUGGACGAGCUGCGCGCGCUCAUGGCGGCCCACUCCCCGCCGCUCCACGCGCUCGUCGUCCCAUCCGACGACGCCCACCAGAGCGAGUAUGUGGCGGAGCGGGACAAGCGGCUGCAGUUCAUCUCCGGGUUCACCGGGAUCGCCCGCAGCGCUGGUUUGGCUCUUAUCACUAUGAAGGAGGCGCUACUGUGGACGGAUGGGCGUUACUUUUUGCAGGCAGAGAAGCAGCUCAGUGAUCACUGGGAAUUGAUGUGCAUGGGAGAAGAUCCACCAGUUGAAGUUUGGAUUGCUGAUAACCUAUCAGAUGAAGCCGUCAUUGGAAUUAAUCCAUGGUGCAUCUCUGUUGACACUGCCCAAAGAUAUGAGCAUGCAUUUUCAAAGAAGCACCAGACACUGUUUCAACUUUCUUCUGACUUGGUAGAUGAAGUAUGGAAGGAUCGUCCUCUGGCUAAUACUCAGCCUGUAGUGCACCCUGUCGAGUUUGCUGGGUGUAGUGUUACUGGAAAACUUAAGGAGUUAAGAAAAAAAUUACUACAUGAAAAGGCUAGGGGCAUUAUAAUUGCUGCCCUUGAUGAGGUUGCUUGGUUGUACAAUAUUAGAGGAAAUGAUGUGCACUACAGCCCAGUGGUCCAUUCGUAUUCUAUUGUAACCCUGCACAGUGCUUUCUUUUAUGUGGAUAACAGAAAAGUAUCUGUUGAGGUCCAGAGCUACAUGUCUGAGAAUGGUAUUGAUAUCAGAGACUAUAAUAUGGUUCAAUCAGAUGUAAGCUUGCUUGCAUCUGGACAGCUAAAAGGCUCUGCAGUUAAUGGUAGCUCACAUGAGGGAAAUGGUAUGAAUGAUAAUUCAAAAAUUUUGAUUGAUAAUUCGUGCUGCCUUGCACUCUACUCAAAACUGGAUGAAGAUCAAGUUCUUAUACUGCAAUCACCUGUUGCUCUUUCAAAGGCUGUGAAGAAUCCCGUAGAGCUGGAUGGUUUGAGGAAGGCACAUAUUCGAGAUGGUGUGGCUGUUGUGCAAUACCUGGCUUGGCUUGACAAUCAGAUGCAAGAGAACUAUGGAGCGUCUGGUUACUUUAGUGGGGCCAAGGGAUCACAGAAAAAGGAGCAUGUGGAAGUAAAACUUACUGAGGUUUCUGUGAGUGAUAAACUUGAAGGUUUCCGUGCCGCUAAAGAGUACUUUAAAGGUCCGAGUUUUCCUAUGAUUUCAGCCGUGGGACCAAAUGCAACAAUACUUCACUAUUCACCUGAAGCAAGUUCAUGUGCUGAACUUGAUACUGAUAAAAUAUAUCUGUUUGACACUGGGGCUCAGUAUCUUGAUGGUACUACAGACAUCACAAGAACUGUACAUUUUGGCAAACCAUCUGAGCAUGAAAAGUCAUGCUACACAGCUGUGUUGAAAGGCCACAUUGCACUAGACACUGCUGUAUUUCCUAAUGGAACCACAGGGCAUGCUCUUGAUAUUCUCGCACGGACACCACUUUGGAAAAGUGGUCUUGAUUAUCGGCACGGCACAGGCCAUGGGGUUGGAUCUUAUUUGACUGUUCAUGAAGGUCCUCAUCAAAUUAGCUUCAGACCUUCUGCUAGAAAUGUACCACUACAAGCAUCGAUGACUGUAACAGAUGAACCUGGUUACUAUCAAGAUGGAAGCUUUGGUAUAAGGUUGGAGAAUGUUCUGAUAGUUCAAGAUGCCAAUACUAAAUUUAAUUUUGGAGAUAAGGGUUAUUUGGCAUUUGAACAUAUAACAUGGGCUCCGUACCAGACAAAGCUGAUUGACGCCACUUUGCUGGCCCCUGCCGAGAUUGAAUGGGUAAACACGUAUCACUCAGAUUGCCGAAGGAUUUUGCAGCCUUACCUGAAUGAGCAGGAGAAGGAAUGGCUGAGGAAAGCUACUGAGCCUAUUACUGUGAGCUGUUAAGCCAUCGACUACAUGAGCACAUGGCACAGGGUCUCAACCAGUUGCAGCCAUUCGUGCUAGAUGUGCAGAAGUGCAGAUGGUUUCUGACAUGCCAUGCUUUGCCUUGGGUUGAAUGCGAAGAUAUGGAAGUAGAAAUAGGACUAGAGGACUGGCCGCUUACCUAGUCCCUACCAUGAAUAUGGGCUGUGUUUGAAUCCAAACUUCAGUCCUUUUCCAUCACAUCAACUUGUCAUACACAUACAACUUCUCAGUCACAUCAUCUUCAAUUCCAACUAAAAUUCAAACUUUACGCUGAACUAAACACUAGUUGUGUUUGUACGGUUCUCCAGACGUUGCUUGAAUGCCUUGUGGGCAUUUGUAUCGUGAUGUAUCGAGCGGCGAGUAAUUGCAGUGUAAUAAUAAGCGGCCAUGUCUGGUGAUAAGCUGUUGUUUAAAAUUGUAUCUCACAUCAACCCUGCCUCACGGCUUUGAAACUGAGCGACGCCGGUAACAAAAGGGGAAAGUCUAUUAUACA